ACUGAUCUAGAUCAGUCGCACGCAAAGAAAAAGAUUAAAAUUAAAGACCCAGCAGGCACGUCAAUCAGCUCGCACAUGCGUGGCAGUAAGGACAUCUUACUAGUCGCCCUAUAUGAAUUAAACUAGAAUUGGGAUCAGAUCAGGCUACAUGAUUAAAGGUAUCCUGUGCAAGCCUUCGGAAGCUAAGGAAACAUAUAAGUGAUGGGACCUCAGAAGUGCGUGUAGCCUUCCCACACCAAUCUAGCGUGCUUCAGUGCAAACAGGACCGGAUCUAGAUCUCACCUUUUCUGGAACAGGGCUGUCUUUAUUGCUGGAUAUGCAGGACCGGAUCUAGAUCUCACCUUUUCUGGAACAGGGCAAUCCUGAUACCAGAUCCAUCUCAACUCUUUCAUGGCCUCCGACACGGAGCUUGGCUUCACUGCACAGUACGGCUUCUUAAGAAUGGAAGACAUAUAUUUGAACUAUGACAUCCUGGAGAGUAUACUCAAUGGAGGCAGCGACCCGACGAAUCUGCCGCUGCAGUUUUUAAGUUACAUCACAAAGAAUUUCUCCAAGGAGAGAAAAAUCGGAAGUGGUGGCUUCGGUGAGGUUUACAUGGGAAUGCUCAAAAACAGGAUUGUGGCUGUGAAAAGGCUUUUCAGCGACAAAACAAUCAGAGAGGAGUCAUUUCAUCGCGAGGUUGAUAACCUGAUGACGGUUAAGCACCAAAAUAUAGUACAGUUUCUAGGCUUCUGUGCAAAUACAGAGAAUAUACCUAUAAAAGAUCCCGAAUCAGAAGAUUAUGUGAAAUAUAUUUACGUCGAGAAGAGAGAAAGAUUACUCUGCUUCGAGUAUAUGAGCAAUGGAAGUCUUCGCAGACACCUCACUGAUGAAUUGAGAGGACUUGGGUGGCAAACACGUUAUAAAAUAAUUAAGAAUAUCUGUGACGGUCUGCGAUAUCUUCACGAGGAAAAACAUAUGAUUCAUAGGGAUCUAAAGCCUGAGAAUAUACUGCUAGAUGAUUCCAUGGCACCAAAACUUGCGGAUCUUGGUAUAUCUAAACUUCUUAACGAUGGCGCAUCAAAAGCUAUCACUACAAACACUCAGAUGUCACAAGGAUAUUGUGCUCCAGAAUUCAUGAAGCAUUACGAGGUCUCAUUCAAGACAGACAUAUAUAGUUUGGGUAUUAUUAUAAUUGAGCUCGUGACUGGACGAAAAGAACACCCUGAUAUAAAAAAUGUUCUUAGAAGAUGGAGGUACAGGUGGAAGAAAGAGAAGGAAACAACACUGAGUUACCAAGAAGUUGCUAAAUGCGUUGAAAUAGGGCAAAAGUGCACGGAAGAAGACCCCAGAAAACGGCCUUCUAUAUCGAAUAUAAUUAAUGAUCUUAAUAUGUCGGACAAUGAGAAUUGGCAAAUCAACAAUCCCCGUGAACCAACUAUUGGACAGAUAAUUCCUAACUGGAAUGAGCUGCUUUUGAUUGAGCCACCUGAGUUACAUUUUCCUUUUGAGCGAAACAAACAGAUAUCAUGCUCUUUACAACUAAUCAACGAGAAGGAUUCUUAUAUUGCAUUUAACAUUCAAACGCUGAGCCCAUUGCAUUACUUACCAGAGCCAAAAAGCGGCAUUGUGCCACCGCUAUCGAACUGUACUGUCAAAAUAUCGUUGCAGAAGGAACCACAGCAUAAACAGCAUGCAAACAUGUUCAACGUUCAGAGCACAAAAGUCAACAAGGAUCUAACCGAUGAGGAUAUCACCGAAUGCAUGUUCAACGUUGAUGCUGUUGAAGUGGUUGAUGAAGUGACUUUGACGGUUGUAUAUGAUGUGCCACCAUUACUCGAACUACAUGAACUAGACCGUGAUAGAGGAAAUCUUAACCGUCCGGAAGCACCCAAUCUGCCAAUAAUAGAAGCAGUCUCCAAGACAAGUUCAUUGGCCACAGACGAGCUUAUCCAGGUCUAUCCCAAAGAGUUCAUCUUUCCAUUGGAGCCAAAAGAGGUGAAAUACACGAUGACGAUAGUCAAUGUUACAGAUGACUGGGUUGCUUUCUAUAUAGGGAUGAAGCAUGUGACAGCAAAGUAUUUUUCUCUUGAUGGCAAUGGAAUUUUGUUACCACAGACGAAGUUGAAAAUUGAUUACAGAAGGGUACCACACAAGGUGGUACCAGCAAACGUGCGGGCCAAGGAAUCAGCUAUUGUGUAUAGCACCAUCGUGUGCCCGGGUUUCAAGAGGCACGACGUCACGGCGGAUUUGUUCAAGGAUCCAACUAAUGGUAGAUUAGUUCAAAAGGUGGAGCUGCCAAUGUUCUUUGCAGCACGACAUGGAAUUCAGCCUUGGGAGGUCAUGCCAUAUGCCAUUCCAUCUGUGUCUCCAGCAAGCAAACAGGAUUUUUCAAAGCCCACGGAAAUAAACUCUCAGAUACGCACGCCUUCAUCGAUUAAGCUAAUCCAUGUCGAUCCCAUGGAAUUCAGCUUGCCCUUGGAGCCAAAGAGAGUGAAAUUCUUAAUGAAGAUACUAAAUAUUACAGAUAAUUAUGUUGCUUUCCUUAUAAGGUACACCCGCGAUAAGGUGGAUCAGUAUGAAUCUACUCCGCAAGAAGGAAUUCUGCCACCACGGUCUAUGUUGGUAGUUGAAAACACAAGAAUAUCACAAGAGGGAGAACAUGAGGAUGUGCAAGGUCAUGAGUUCGUCUAUGUGGACAGCACUGUGGUGACCAAAAGUUUCCGCAUUAGCGAGAUCACGUAUGACCUGUUCGAUGUACCGUCGGCCGAUAGAUUACAACAUGAGGUGAAACUGCCAGUUUUUCUUGUAGCAUCAGGUGAAUCGAAGUCGUGGGAGGUUACUUCUUCAGCGUUUCCAGUGAGCAAGCAGAAUAUUGAGAAGGAAUUUGAUAGGCUGCAGUUAACUACAGACGACCAAGAUGAUAAAAAUUCUCUGUGCAAAUCUGGGUUGACGUGGCUGAAUACCAUAGAUGUGCAUCCAACAGAGCCAUGGAUUAUUACGACCCAGGAUGACCUUUAUGUUCGAAUCUGGAACUACGAAACGCAGAUACGCACGUCUACCACGAUUAAGCUAAUCGAGGCCUUUCCCUUGGAGUUCAAAUGGCCCUUGGAGAAAAAAGAAGCGAGAUUCCUGAUGAGCAUAGAAAACAUUACAGAUGACUACGUCGCAUUCCUUUUUCGGUACACCAUAAACAAGGUGCAUCACUAUGAAGCAUAUCCGCAAAAAGGACUUCUGUUACCACGGUCGAAGUUCAUAGUUGUUCACACAAUAAUAUCACAAGAGGGGCAACCUGAAGACUUGCAUGAUAAGGGGUUCAUCUAUGUGGACAGCACCGUCGUGAACAAAAGUUUCAAGACCAGCGAGAUCAAACCAGACCUGUUCGAUGUACCGCCGGCUGAUAGAUUACUGCAUGGAAUGAAACUGCCUGUUUUUCUUGUAAGAUCAAGUGAAACACAGUCCAAGGAGAUUACAGAUGCACAAGAUGACCACAAUAUUCAACAGGAAUUUAAUAGGCUGCAGUUAUCUACAGGCGAACAAGAUGACCAAAAUUCUCAGAGUGAAUCUGGUUUGACUUGGGUGAACUCUAUUGAUGUCCAUCCAACAGAGCCUUGGAUUAUGACAACACAGCAUGACCGUUAUGUUCGCAUCUGGAACUAUGAGACACAGCAAGUGAGAAGAUUUUUACCCGGGGGGUCACAAGUUACCUCCGUUAAAUUUAUAGCACACGGGCACUUGAUUCUUGCGGCUAGCAGCGAUGGUUUAAUCUAUCUAUACAGCUACGAUCCUCUAAAACAAAUUCGUGUUCUGAGAGCGCACUCAGCUUCUAUCAACUGUUUGGCUAUUCAUGCAACCGAGCCAUACGUGCUUUCAGCAUCAUCUGAUGGUCAAGUUCAGCUGCGGGACUAUGAGAAGGGAAUGGUGUUAAAUAAAUCGUUUUCUGUGAUACCAUGCGGCGGGCCAUGUCUGGCGUUUGAUCCAUCCGGCAAGAGUUUUGCUAGUGCUUGCGGUGAUUCAAUAAAGAUUAGUAAUCUCCAUGAUGAUGUAUGUAAGAUACUAUUGCGUGGGCAUUCACGAGAGGUUACUUGUUUGGAGUACUUCGCUCAUCGAGAGACGACAUACUUGAUCAGCGGUUCCGAAGAUGGAACUGCCAAGAUCUGGGACUGCAAGAAAGGGCAUUGUGUAAAGACACUGCGAGUGUUUUCACCUGUUCGUACGGUGUGCUCCCAUCCGGUUCUUCCAGUGCUAAUUAUAGGUUCUUAUGACGGGUCAGUUCGUGUGUGGAACUCCACUACCUUCAGGCGUGAGCGCAGAAUUAAACUUGGUCUCAAAGGUCUAUCGGCUAUAGCAUGUUUGAUGGGAUCAACAAGGAUUGUGAUUGGACAUUACAAUGGUUUAGCACUUGCGGAAAUUCGGCGCGAGGAACCAAAAGCAUUGUAAGCUUAUUACAACGGUUUAACCCUUGCGGAAAUGGUUUAGCAAAAGAGAGAAAUGAAAACAGUUGGUGCCAAAGCUGCUCGAUUGGAUGAUGAAAGGAAAAUAAGAUUGCUCUGUUUAUUACUACCAUUUGUCAUAGGUCAUUGCUGGAGUCCGAAGCACAAAAUGUUUGCUAAUGAGUUAAUGUUAGUUGGAGGCUUCCAGCACUGGAUGUUUUGUCGAUCUGAUCUCAUAUUUUAUAUGUGCACUCUAAACCAUACAUUCCAUAAGUGCAGUCACUGGUGCAGAAUUCGAAUUUA